AUGGCGACGGGAACGGUAAAGCGCAAGCCGACGCCUUCUGCCCUUCGUAAGAAGAAGGCACAGCAGCGCAUUCGCAAGAAGAUCCAGCGCAAACUAGAGAAGAAGAAGCCCAACUGGAAGGUUGCCAUAGCGAAGUCCUACCAGGACCCUAAAGGCAAAGGCAACAGUAAAAAGAAGGAACCAUUCCAACGAAAGAAACGCCCUCGUGAGAAUGAUGAGGAUGAGGAUGAGGAUGAUAAUGAAGAUGAGUAUAAUGAUGAGGAAGGUGAAGUCCAGAGUGAUGUGGAUGAGGAGAAGCAGGAACGCUUAAAUGAGCGGGAUCCACUCGAUACCCAAUUGUUCCUCAAACAACUCCCUCUCGAUACUUCCGAGGCGGAGUUGAUGCAAUUCUUCCAAUCACGAUUUGGAAAAGUGCGGCGGGUGUUGUUGGUGCGGAAUAAGGCCACCAAAACACUGGCGGGAACGGGAUUUCUCCACUGUGGAUCUGUGGAGUUGGCCAACAGCAUUAUGGAACACGCCCAGCAGAAUGCACGGGAGUUAUCCGCCACCGAUCGCUCAGACUGGCGUGAAAAGACAAAGGAACUCUCACACUGUCAGGCAAAGCGAAUGCGGUUUAAAAUGCGUACAGAUGCGUUUACCGCACGAGAUCCAUUUUUAACCAUACGUGAAACCCGUUUUACAGUUCAUCGUGUAUUAUCAAGAACUGAUUCCCAAGAGGCUUCUGCGGCCGUACAGAAGAAGAAGAAGCGAACAAAGGUGGCAGCAGAUGAUCCACGGCAUUUGUAUUUACUACAGGAAGGUCUUAUUCUCCCAGAUACUCCAGCCGCACGAGGUUUACAUCCUCGUUAUCUUGAAAUGGUUCAGGCGGACUAUGAGGCUAGAAAGGCUCAACUUCGAAACAGUAACAUGUUUGUUAGCACGACUCGUUUGAAUAUACGUAAUUUACCACGCACAAUGACAGAAAAGGAAUUACGUACACUUUUUGCAACUCAAGUGCGUUUAUUUUUGAAGAAAAAUAAGAAAUGUGUUGAAAAGGAGAAGUGGGGUAAAUACGGCCCAAUUAAGAAUAUUAAACUGGUGAAGGACUCUGCUGGAACCUCUAAGGGAUAUGCAUUUAUUGAGUUUAUUAAUCACCCAAUAGCUUUACACGCACUACGUGCUAUUAACAACAAUCCCACUCUAUUCGGUGAUAAGAGGCGUCUUAUCGUCUCAUUCGCCGUUGAAGACAUCAACGCCAUUCAAAAACUGCAGCGUAUGCGAGAGUUGCGGCAGCAGCGAAAUAUGCCUCGCUCUGGAAAGGGAAAUGAUGCCGAAGAAGAAGAAGAAUAA